AAUAAUAUUUGGCAAAUAUACAUGUUGAAAAGAAGAAGAAGAAAGAAAACGUAGUGGGUAAUGUGUAUAUAAAUAAAGUAGAAAAGGGUAGGAGGUGCAAUGCAAAGAGGGGGGGAGAAGGAAUCUGGGAAGAGAGAAGGUUUUGUUCUAAGAAUUUGUUAGGGAAAAGGAAGAAAAUAGGUCUGCAAAUUCUGGAGGCAGCGGUGUCGUGUAUAGAGAUACUUUGUGUUUGGGCAGAAAGUGAAACAAUAAUAAUAAUAAUAAUAAUAGGAGUAGUAGGGGGUUUCCCUUGGGUUGUCUCUUUCAGUCUUUUUAAUACAUGAGCCAAGUCAGUGUUCCACGUGCUCCUGGGGAGUCUCCCCUUUUGAAUGGUACUAGUACUAGUUAUUUGACUUGUUCUCUGCGCAUGGAAGCCAUGAAAGGAGCAAGAGUUGGCGUGGGCGAGGACCACGACAUGGGUGACGGAAUGCAAUGCAGUGACCACCCUUACAGAAACAACCCUGGCGGUAUCUGCGCCUUCUGCCUUCAAGACAAACUCGGCAAGCUUGUUUCCUCUUCUUUCCCUCUCCCUCUCCUUCCUCCUUCUUCCCCUUCUUCCUCCUCCACUCUCCCUUCCAUCUCCUCCCUUCCUCCCUCCUCAGCCCCCGCUCCUUCCUCCUCCACCGCCGUUUCUCACUUCAAUCAUCCAUACUACCCUCGUAGAACGCGCCUCCCUUUUCUCUUGCCCAAGAAGAAGAGCAAGAAACCCACGUCAGCACCCACCUCUGAUAAUAUCCUUCUCAAGCGCAGCAAAUCCACUGCCACUCCCCGAAGAAACCGCUCCUUGGUCGACGACGACGACAACGACGACGACUUAGUCAUUGGGCCUUUUAGUCCCAGGAAGAGAAACGGCUUCUGGUCCUUUCUCUAUCUCUCUUCCAAAUCAUCCAAGAAACUCAACUCCAAAAGCUUCAGAGACAACAACAUCAACAACACUCCGAGGAUCUCCUCCAUUAACUUAGCACCGGCAAGUACUAGUUCUGCAAAGCUUAAAGAAAAGUGUUGCUCUGGUUCUUCUCUCAAGACUGACAUUGUUGUUGAACAAGAUAACAAUAACAGUAACAGUCCCAACACUGCUUCUGCUUCUUCUUUCGAGCGCAAGGUUUCGAGAUCUAAAUCUGUUGGGUGUGGUAGCAGAAGCUUCUCUGGGGACUUCUUCGAGAGAAUCUCUACUGGCUUUGGAGAUUGCACUCUCAGGAGAGUGGAGUCUCAGCGUGAAGGUAAGCCGAAGGGGACUGGUGGUGGCGCCUCCGCCGCCGUGAGCCGUGCCGGCGAACAACACCACCACCAUUGCAUUAAAGAGAGGGUCCGGUGCGGAGGCUUGUUUAGUGGGUUCAUGAUGACUUCGUCUUCUUCGUCCUCGUCUUCUUCCUCGUAUUGGGUUUCUUCUUCUGCUGAUGAUGCUGCUGCUGUGAAUGGGAAAUCAGCGACUGUGGCACUCUCUCAUAACAGAGGUAGGAGUUGGGGUUGGGCUUUUGCGAGUCCCAUGAGAGCUUUUAGCGGUAAACCUUCUUCUAAAGAGAGUAACCGAAGGGAUAUUAUAAGAGAUGCCAAUGAUAAGAAUGCCACGCCUAACUUAUCUGCUAUACCUUCCUUGCUUGCUGUCAGAGGCUGAGAACUGAGAAGAGCACAAGGAGCAAAGAAAAAAAAAGCAAAAAAGAAAAACCAUUCGAGGGCUUUAACUUGGUCUAUUAUACACAUUAGUACUAUGAUGUUAAUUACUGUUUAUUACUACUUUGUUUAUCUUGUGGAUGGGUGUUAAUUUAAUUUCCUUCAUUAGUAAUCUAAUACUUUCAAGUUCAUUCCUUUCAUUCUCUAUUAUACUGCUUUGUGAAUUAUGUGACCAGCUAUGGGCAAAUCUCUGGAAAUCAGAAUCCUUGCUGGUGGCAGUGAAUAGAGUGUGUUCGAAAAGAGGGAAAUUGGAGAAGAAAAUCUCGAUGCAUUGCAUUCUCUGUCAUCACGUGGCUUGUUUGAACUAUUACACUGGUUUGUAAUUUUUGUAGUGUCCUUCUUGUAAUUUCCACACUGUGAUGCUACGCCAAAGAUGUGUAAUUUUUAUUUAUUUGCGAAAAUCACUAUUCACAUGCAUACACAUGUUUGGGGAUGGUGUAGCCACAAUAGGGAAUAUCUUUAGAACCACUCUGAGCUAUAUGUUAUGUGUUAAGAUGCAAUUUAAUAA